AUGGAUAACUUCCCCACUUACGACAUCGCCGGAGAUGUUGCAGAUGUUGUCGCGACUCUGUAUACCGAGCUCGAGGACGACAAGGAUACAAUUGUUGACCUCGCUGUUUUCAACCUCUCUUCCCAAGUUCUAUCUAUCACUUCACCAAUCUUCCGAGCAAUGUUUAACCCGGUCAGUGGGUUUUCAGAGUCGAAGCUCAAUGGAAAUAAUAUGAAAGAAAUUCGCUUCGUAGCACCAUCACUGGAGGCUGGUGUCAUCGCGAUGAGUCUCCUCCACCAUCGAUACGAUUACAUCCUGGAAACUCCAUCUGUGCCUAUUCUGAGCAGCUUGGCUACUUUUACCGACUAUUACCAUGUCCAAUCUAUCUUCAAACGUUUAGUUGCUUCAUGGAUUACUGCUUUACAAUCAUCUCUUACGCUUGAGAUGUAUACUGCAGAAGCACUCUGGGUUGGUAUCGUUUUCCAGAAUCGGGCUAUCCUCGAGCAUCAUUUGCAGGGUGUUUUCAAGGGAAUCACAAAGAAGGGUGAUACGUAUAUGGUAGGGCGUAAGCAUCUCCAUGCAGUUAUGGACAGAUAUUCUGACGCAAUCUGGAACGAACGUGAAAGAUUGAUCCAGAAAUUCGUCGACGAAGUCAGUUCAAAGUUAGAAGUCUUUCGCAUCCAUCUCGACGAAAAGUUUCUCCCACUACCUGCAACUCCGGCAGCCUCUCAAAGUGACGAUACCGAUAGCGAUUCGAACUCCAGGAGCUACUCGUCUUCAGACCCCAGCGAUAGUGGAAAUUCAAAAACCAUCGUCGCUUCUGGAAUCCCAAAAUGUGAUGUGGUACAGCUAGGAACUUUACAAGCCCUUCGACUUCAGAUCGGCUUUCCAGAACGCCAUAUAGACCAUAUGACAUUCGAAACCGUCAUGUCCAUCUUUGUCAAAACAACUAAACAAAAUCCUAUAGAUAACCAUCAUGAUUGUCGGAAAUAUCUCAAGGGGUCUGUUACUAAUAAACACAUCUCAUGUAAUACAGUGGAAGGCUUGCAUAAGCUUGCUGUUGAGAUAGAGAAGACCGAUGUGCGAAAAACUCUCUUAUUAGCUUUCAAGAUCGAAGGGCUCAGCUAA